CGAAGUUUGUUUCGCGUAAUUUUUCGUGGUUUUCAUGGCUGCAAAAUGCAGAACUCCAAGGCCAAAAUGGAUGAAUUUAAGACCAGGUUCAUGGACCUGCUGCACAAACAGACAAAUCGUCAAAUGAAAAUUCCAGCAAUGGGAUUUUCCGAUUAUUUCAUACAAACGGUCACAACGGAUGCCUUGCCCUCUUCCACAACAACAACAACAAGUACAACAACAGCGGCAUCCACAUCCGAUGCGGAUGCCACAGAUUCAGCGGCGAGCGCACAAAAAUCGGAUCAGGAAAUACUGGAGAGCAUCGAGAAGUGCUACUACAGCGCCGAUAGCAAUCCAGAGCUCUAUGAACUGAAGAAAGUGCUCGGUGCUGGAAUUGACAACCAGCUAAUUGAGACGACCAUCGCUCAGCUGCGCACACAGCAAAAGGUGCUCACAAAGCAGGUGCUGCAGAACAUCUUGGAGCAACGCAUUGCGUGCGGCAGUGAAUUCCAAUCGAUCAAUGAGACCCAAAAAAAGCUGGAGGAAUCGUUGUGGACGUGCCAGAAGGCGCGCUCCUAUUUGAAUUAUGCACGCACAAAUCUGACAACGACCAGCUUGGAAAUCUUGGCCAGCUACCGUAAGCGCGAGGUGCUUAAAGAAGUGCUGGACACCCUGAUGGCCAUUAAAAAGUUGCGCACCACUGACGACGAGCUGCAAAAAUUGCUGGCGGAGCACAACUAUUCGGCAGCCAUUGCGUUGCUUUUGCAAUGUCAGAGCUCGGCAACCGAAUUUAUGCAAUACAAUUGUGUUCAGUCGCUGCAUAAGAAGCUGCAGGAGACCAUGCUGCUGAUGGAGUAUCAGCUGGACACGGUGCUCAACGAGAUGGUGCUAAAUUUCGAUAUGCGCAAGUAUGCCAAACUGCAGGAGGCCUACAAGCUGGCGAACAAGUCAUUGAUUGCGAUGGAUCAGCUGCACAUCAACUACAUUUCAUCCGUGCACUCCACGGUGAAUGCAGUGGUGCGUGGCUACAGUGAACCAACGGCUGAGGAGCAGCCCAAGCUGCUGUACGAACAACUAUGCGAUCAACUCAAUGCGGAUAAGCUAAUACCGUGUCUGAUCAGUUUGUGCAAGACUUUCUGGACAAUACUGGCCUCCUACUAUCAGGUGGUCAUGUGGCACAACAACUACAAGCUGUAUGCACAGCAGGAGGACACCGAUGGCGAAUCACCCGAUCUCUAUAUACAGCAGAAACUGAAGAAGGGCCAGUCUCGCAUCUGGAACGAUAUUCUGAACAAAGUCUGCCUCUUUCUGCAGAGUGCCAAGUUGACAACGCUCAAAUACGAUCAGUUCAUCCAAGUGCUGUCUAUUGUGCAGCGCCUUAAAAAAGUGGGCGUGGAGUUCUGUGGCGAACAGUCGGAGAAACUAAUUGCGACGAUGCAGCAGCAGAGCGAGGAGUUCUUUAGACGCUAUCACAUCUGUUGCGUUGAGGAGAUCUGCUUGUUUUUGGACAACGAGUCUUGGACGCCGCUGGACUCCUUUUCACACAUACUGCAACUGCCGGAAUUCCGUUCGGUGCGUAACACGCUCCGUCGUCAUAAGUCGCCAACGACUGCACUCGCCUCCAAUAAUAAUUCACCCAUUAGCAACAACAACUGCGAUGAGCUGGUCUCUGUGCACUCCCAGGAUGGCGGAGGCAGCUCCAUCUAUGGUUCCUACGGCUACUUUUUGCGCUUCUCGGAGAAGAGUUCACCCUUUGACGGCGGCCUCGAUGCGGCCAUGCUCGAGGAAGACAUACUCUCGGGCAUUGUGGACGAGGCGUCUUGUUAUUUCAGCGAGGAGAGCGACGAUGAGCAAAAGAGUCUCCAAAGCAAGGAAUUCGCUGACGAUGCCAGCAAUCAAUUACUUGUGAACAAUACUGCACUAAAUGUGCUGCGCUGCAUUGGACGAUAUUUGCAAAUGUGCAAGCUGCUGCACUGCAUCUCACCUAGGAUUGUGUUUUGCAUGCUCGAGCUGCUCGACUUUUAUGCAUUUUCCGUGCAUGAGAUUUUUGGCAGGGAUUCGCUGGUGUCCACUGAUAUCCUGUAUACGCCGCGUCUGGAGCAGCGUCUGCGUGCCGUGGAAACCAAUGUGCUUACUCAGAUCAAAGUUUGGCCACUCAACUUUUCAUCACUGACCAACAAUGAGCUGGCCAAUCCGGAUACACUGUACGGCCUGCCACAGCGCAUUGUAGCCGUUGAGGCGGGUCGCAGCAUGCUGCAGCAGUUUCAUGUGCUGCAGCAUUAUUUAAAUCAUCUGUUGCCUGCUGCUGAUAGGCCCAUCUUAGUUAACUAUCUCGACUAUAGCGAAUACAUGACUGAUCUAGCCAAACCUGUUUACACCUGCGUCACAUCGCGCGCCAUUGAUCUGACGGGCAUACUGGCGCAAAUGGCAAAGGUCAAAUGGGAUGUGAAUCAUGUAACACAUCAGCAUAGCAGUUACAGUGAUAUCUUGAAUCGUAACAUACAAAGUUUUGCCAUGUGCCUGGAGGAAAUCGCCAAGGAGGUGCCCAUACCUAGCAAGAAUGUGUGGAACUCAAUGGCGCAUGUGGCUUCACGCCUACUUGUCGAGGGCUUCUCGAAUGUCAAGAAGUGCUCGGCAGGUGGACGCGCACUCAUGCAAUUGGAUUUUGCGAAUUUUAUGUCGUUCCUCGAACUAAUCUCGAAUCACAAGUAUCCGCAAUAUCGCACCUUUGUCGAUGUCUUUAUCAAAUCCUAUUACUUUUCGCCCGAGCAAUUCGAACAGUUUGUUGAACAGCACCGGCAUGGCGACGAAUAUUCGACGAAACAAUUGACGAACCUGAUACAAUGCAUUUGUGUCAGCGACAAGCGCACACGACAGAGGCUGCUCCAGUUGUUGGAGGGCGUGCCCGCUGGUGUUACGCCCACCACAACACCGUACAAGAAUUUCUAUAACUCCGGCUCGAACUUGAGCAAUGUUAUUUAAGCUUGUCUAUUUUUCGUUCGAAAAUCUUUGCGUAUUUAUUUUGUUAUUGUAGUCGUAAUCAUUGUCUAACUGUUUGGUCGAACCUUUGUUAGUAGCUGUAUUAUUGUGAGCGUUUCUGUAUCCAUUUGAAUAUUGUACAUUCCGUUUAGUGCAAAUUGAAUAAUAGUUUCUGUUGUUGUAAGUUUUGUUCAUAAUUUUAGUUACUUAAGCGAUCUCCACGAUGUACUUCAUUUCGAAUUCCGAAUCUGCGAAUCUGUGAAUCUGUGAAUAACUUGAAAUCUCUUUGAAAAUCUCUAACACGCUCUCUACUUAUAAUCAAGGCACAAAUUUGUUGGUCUAUUUUUUGCAAUUUUGUUUAACAUUCACAUGACUUAAGUACCUAGAGAAAGCAUAUACACAUACAUACAUAUACAUAUAUAAUAUAUAUAUAUAUAUAUAUAUAUAUAUACUAGAGAUAAGGCAUAAGAAAAACCAAUUUAUUAUGUAUAUUUAUUUUAAUAUCCAAUUGUACAAUUUAUUUGCGAAACGGACAAAUACUUGUAAUAAAUCGCUAUUAUACAAUAUAUGUAUGUAAAUCAAAACUCCAAUUUACCCGAUCGGGGUUUACUAACACACACACACACACUUAAUACCUAGUGGUAUAUGGAUCUGUAACUAAAAAACAAAAGAAAUCAUGCGAAACAAUAAAGAGUUCAUAUUUUGAGAUAUGCAUAUUAAAA